AUGGAGAGGAUGGAACAGGAGGAUAAUGAUGACCUGUUUUGGGAGGCGGAGGGAAUCACAGUGAAGGAAGGUAAACGAGGAGGUUAUGACUGUCCACAAAUAUUCCUAUCUAAGCAAGAAGAGAGAAGGAUUCAACGGCCGUGGCGUAGGGGAGUGAUUGUCAAACUUUUGGGGAGGAAGAUUGGUUACAAAGCCUUGGAGAAUAGAUUGAAACAAAUGUGGGUGAGGAAAGGCAUUAUUCGUAUCAUUGAUCUUGGAUACGAUUAUUAUUUAGUAUGUUUCACUCAUGAUGAUGAUAAGAAUGCGGUGAUGAUGGAUGGACCGUGGUUCAUCUAUGAUCACUACUUGACUGUCAAAGAGUGGUCACCAGAUUUUCAUCCCGAGAAUGACUCCAUUGUCAAAGUAGCAGUAUGGAUCAGGAUAUCGGGGCUUCCUGUGGAAUAUUAUGAUCCUAAGAUCUUAUAUGUGAUUGGGAAUCUGGUGGGAAAUACUAUUAAAGUGGAUAAGAACACGUUGCAAGGGGAAAGAGGUAAAUAUGCUCGUAUUUGUGUGGAAGUGGAUCUCACAAAGCCUCUAUUUGCUAUGUUCGAGUUGAAGGACAAAAGUUAUAGAGUGGAGUUUGAAGGAUUACACUUAUUAUGUAUCACAUGUGGGAAAUUUGGGCAUUACAAAGAAGGAUGUCCAAUGAAGAAACAUAUGGCGAGUACUGUUCCAUCCACAAGUGUUCAAGGAGCAAAGAUAGAUGAUGGGUCUGACGUGAGAAGCAUGACGAUAGAUAGUGAUCAAAAUGGGGAUAGGCCUUGGCAAGUGGUUCAGAAACAACGGCGCACCAGGAAACCUCCUGAGGCGAAGAAAAAACUUCCGGCGACGGGAUCAUGGCUGGCUAAGGCCGGAACUAGGUUUCAGGUGUUGGGAGACAGCAGUGGUACGAUUAAGGAAAACAAUAAUGGGGCAGACAAAAUUAAUGAUGAGGAAAUCAUGAUAGUGGAAAAAUUUAAUUCGGUUACCAAUAAUAAAGAUAACGGUUUUAUGAAAGAAGUGCAGCAUCAGGAUGACAUUAUAACUACCAAUAAAGGCUGUAAUAAUGAGACAAUCACACCUCAGAACCACGUGCAUAUUCUUGAGGAUAGUGGCAGACAAGGAGUAUCUUUUAAUACAGGUGGCAGCAAAGAAGUGGAAGUACAAGAAAGUGAAGGGUAUAAGGGAGACAGUACCGGAAACCGAAAGAAACAUAAGAAACAACAAGAAAAGGGAAUAGGCUUGCGACACGUGUUACACUAG